AUGCACCAUCCAGCACUGUGUCUCACUCUCGUCCUUCAUCACCUACCGUCCAUCUGUCUCGCGGUCCCAGACACGUUGGCGUCUCCGCCUCCCUCACCCCGCCUGGCGGCCCCUCCCCAGACUCGUGACUCCCUUUCUCGAGAUGAUGCCUCGUCCUCUCCAUUUCACUCGUUCUUUUCGCGCCAUGGACGACGGUAUCCUCGAGGGGAUGAGCGAGAUUUGUCUCGUCGCUCAAACCACGGAAGGCGAUCGCGGCUGAAGCAGAGGCGCGCGUUACAGACAGCGGCGUUCGAGCCCGAAAGCUCCAGAGAAAGUAGUGCCCGUCCUGUCAGUUGUAAUCUGCCUCUCGGUGACUUUGAAUGGCCGGCGUAUUCUUGCAAACAGGACCUCCCGUGUCGUUGGCCUGUCACCCCUCCACUGCGCGCCGGAGCUGGGACUUUCCCAAGUCCGGGUCGGUCGCUUCGUCGCACACGAAAAAAACGCGGGGCGAUUCCUUGCUUUUCUUCCCUUCAACCUCGGCAGAAACGACGGCGGGAAGGGCUCCGCCACUCCCGUCCUCCCUUCCUCAGUACCUCUCUCCUAAACGUUUCCAUCGCCGCUUCGGUCGGCCUCUGUGGGCGGUCUCGUCGACGUUCUGGAGGCCGCGACGCUCGGCGGCAUCUCCACACAUCUCGUCAGAGGAGGACCGGCAGGCUCGAAAGGUACUGGGGAGAAGGAAAGACGCUUAGGAAAUCCUGGCAGAAGGAGGGACCCAAAAACAGUGGAGUGCCUUUUUCCUUGUAUCGAGCCGAACCAGCGAAGAAAAGCUUUUCGGCAUCUUCCAGUCGAACGGAACACGUGCAUGCGCCGUUUGUUCCCGCCUUGUUGAGAGACGAGAAAUGCUCUGCGGCUGGAAAACCGACCGAGACUUGCAACGAGAGGGAAAAGCUCAGCUGCCACGACACGCACCCCGCUCCGACUCUAUGGGGUGCAAUCAUGCUCGAUGAACCCAGGCAGGUGUCCUUCGUUGAAGGGUGUCGGUGCGAAACAUGCGUGGUGAGUGCUGACCAGAUAGGCCCCGAUAUAUGUGAAAAUAGGGACCGGUCCAGCCGAUUGGCAAAUGUGAAGGAAAAGAGGGAUUCGCACAUUCUUCAAGCUCUGUCAACGAAAGCUGUCCUAACCGGAGAAUGGGAAGAGCGGCAAGUGUGCGCUGCAGGCUCGGCUGAGCAAGCGUCGAGGUGGCGAUCGCGCCUCGGUGGAGAUGAAAAGGACGACGCGAAGGCCGAAGGCGAGAGAAAUGCAGGUCGGGUCCUCUCCGCCUCUCGAUCGGUUCCUCCACGUGACAAAGAUACGCGGAGAGGGGGCGCAGUGCAGGUACAGCGCACCGAGGCGACUGUUUUGAAAGAGUCUUCUUUCUGGUUGUGUAAUGCGCCUCCUUUGGCGGUCGACAGGAGCGAGGAGGCGUCUGUCUUGUUUCUCAAAGACGACAACGUGCGUGGUCUCGCGGUGCAAAGCAGCAGGGGAUUUCCCACCGCGUUCGAGAUGUGCACAUCUGCCGUAGACGGCAUUGGCUCUUUGCCAGGUCCUUCCCCUUUGUCUCCGGCGUCUUCUGCGCCGGCUCCGUUUUUCUCGUGGGCCGCCGUCUUGUCUGCGCUGGCCUUGUCUCCUUUCGUCUUGUGGCGAGGCGGUGCGUGGCUCGUCUCUUCGGGAAAAGCUUCCAAGCCUCCCUUUCUCUGUAUGGGCUUUGCGGCUCUGGACGUGGUUCUCCUGUCCCUUUCGCUCGCCUCUCCGCCGUUGGGGUUUUUAGGCAGCAGAGAGAGUCAGGCGACAGCUCUCAGGUGUCCGCCGUUCCUUCUCGCCGAGGCGUCCGAAGUUCACGCGCCUCCCGUCCCUGCCCCGAGCGUGAUUGUGGAGAAUGUCACUGUCUCGCAGCCCUUCUUCGCUUCUCUCCACCAGCUCUGGUCCCACUGGAGCGGUCCUUCCACGUGCGUGUCUUCUCCCUACUCUCUCUCCUGUGGCGGAGAGACGGAGCGAGGCCUCGCGAGCGAGGCAAAGUGCGCCGGAGAAUCUGAACGACGGGCAAGACGGAAGACGUUCAGAGACAGCGAGACACUUGAAGGCCCGCGUGGACGCCCGAAUGCGUCUGUUCAGUCGCUACAGCUGCCACUCACGAGCGACAAUCUCAUCGCGCUCGCCGUCCUUUUCAUUCUCUGCGGCCUCGGAUGCGUCUACCUCAUCCAACUCUCCGUCGGCUUAUCCCGCUGCUGCAAAUGCAAGGCGUGCAAGGGGGAAUACGUCCUUCAAUACAAGCUGGGGAGUGGGGGAUACGGCACAGUCUGGGUUGUGCGUCGGCAGGGCGGCGCGUUCAGAGGCGAGAGUUCGUUGGCCGUUUUGAAGAAGAUUCAAGUCGAAGACAUCACCGAAGCGGAUUCGUACCAGCAGGAAGCGCGCAGGCUGGCGAAUCUCACGCACAAAUACAUUGUCGGGUACGAGACCGACUUCAUCCACAGAGAACAGGCCUUCGGUUCUGUGGAGGCGAAGAUCUUCUUCAUGAUUGUCAUGGAAUUUUGUCCAAACGGCGACGUAAAGCAAGUCAUCGAUCGCUCCUACCGCAGCUUGACGGAAAAGAGAAUUCGUCACUGGUUCUUCCAGCUUGUUCAGGCUGUCCACUACCUUCACGAGCGGAACGUGAUUCACAGGGACAUCAAGUCCCAGAACGUGUUUCUGUCGAGGGACGGAUCGGUUCGUCUGGGCGAUUUUGGGCUGAGCCGCGCGACGGCUCCGCCCCGGCCUGUGCUGGGGCGUGCGGGACUGCCGAAACCGCACGCGUGCCCGUUUUCUCCGCUCUCCCUCGCAGACCUGUCGCGGGCCAACCUGAGGCGAGGUGUCUCUUCACGCGACCGCUGUGGGUCUUCGGUCUCGCCUCGCGACAUGCGCGGGAGUGUGGAGCGGGGAGACGGACCAGGGCUGAAGAGCGAACGCGAUACGAGCUGCCGAGCGGCUUCAGUCGACGCAGACGAGGAGACGCUCCCCUCGCCCUCCCUGAACGGCAGGAAGAAACGCGAACGUGGCGAGCGUCACGGGAGAAGGAGGACUCGCAGCCUGACGCAGGCGUCGGCUUUCCCCGUUCCUGUCGACGGACCCGCGACGGCAAACGGCGAAGAAGAAAGAGGCGAGCAGGCCCUAGGAGCGGUGGAGCCUUGGCGGCAAGGAGAGGGACGGAGACGGCGAGAGAGAGAACAAAACGGUUUGCGAUGGCGAGGAGAACCAGGCGAGACGACAGAAGAGCAGGCAGAAGAGAGGCGCAGGCGUCGCUCGCGUUCGGGCGACGUUGCGCCUUGGAGACGCGGAGAGGCGCGCGUUGCGGAGGCUGCGGAGGCGACGAAGGCGCCAGGUCGGCAGUCCGUGCCUGGCCCCGCAGCUUCCGGAGUUGAAAAAGUGGAGAGAGCGGGCAGUGCGUCGAGUCGAGGCCUAAACGAUUUCCGCAUCACUCUCCGCGAAGCCGUGAAGACCCGCGGCGUGCUCGGCGGGGUGUAUGUACAGCUCAAACAUUGGCUGCAGAGGCUCGUUCGGGCGUGGGCGGGUUUCCUGAGUCGCGCUGUGGACCGCCUCUGCGACGUUCUUUUUGACACUGACCACGCGUCGUUUUCGGAGACUCUGACACGGCGGCUAGCGCCGUCGUUCCGGCGUUUUCUGCAGUCCUCGCGGACUUCCCAGGCGCGAACUCCCCAGGUUUUCCCCGUCUCGGUGCCCGCGACGGAUUCAGUCCGUCGGGGCCCGACGCCUCUUUCGCGGUUCUUCAGCGAGACCGAACGCGACGCAGGCGAAGAGCCCGCGAGAAAAGGGCGACUCGCCUUCUGCCUCGAUCCCUCUUUCAGAAGACAAAGAGACACCUGCGGCUGCUCCGCGACCGCCAUGUCCCAGGCGGGGACUGACUGCUACAUGGCGCCUGAAAUCCUGCUCGAUCAAAAAUAUGGAAAAUCCGCCGAUUUAUGGUCCCUGGGAUGCGUGCUGCUGGAGCUUUGCUCGGGAAUCUUCAUGUGGGAGCUCGAGUCGCCGCUCGCCCUCCUGGUCCUCGACGCGGAGAACGCGCGGCACUUUCUCCACGAAUUCAUCGACAACCACGUUCCGCACCACGUCAUAGGAAACGGGACGAGGAACCUCCUGAAAAUGCUUCUCCAACCUGAUCCGAGUGAGCGGCCGUCGACAGCGUUUCUGCUUCGCCAGCGCUAUUUCCGCCGUGGGUACCGCGUCUGCUCCGUGCCACUCUCCGGCUCGUCGACCGCUGAGAGCGCACACGCCCGGAAGGCUCUCUCGAGUGCGUUGGAGGAGCCGGAGCACGAGAGGAGGAAGAAAAUCGGAGGCAAAGCGCACGGGGGCCAGCCGAAAGCGGACGGCGAGAACGGGAAGAAAAUCAGGCAACUCACGGGAAAGACGCAAGACGCGAGCGACUCCGAAACAAGGUUGCUUCGAACUUCAGAUGAGACGAGCGUCAGCGGGCGGGAGAGCCGAAAAUCGAGCUUCUUUUCUCUCUUUGUGUUCGGCGAGAGUUUGUCUCACCUGGCACGUCUGUUUAUGCGAAGCACCAGCACUUCUUGCCCAAGUUCGACGGAGAGCGCGGGCGAGACUGUGCAUUCGGGCGGCGAAGGCGGGUCUCCUGCCGUCGACUUGUCCUUCGUAGAUCCCUGUUCGUGGGAUGUUGUGUACCGCAGGAAAUCUGGAAAGGCAUUGGCGGAGGAAGGCGCGGUCGGAGAAGAUGCGUAA